AUGGCCCCCUCUGCUACCUCCCCAGUCGCGGUCCUCGAGAAGGAGGACCAUGCCCGCGAUGCCGCCUUCAACAAGGCGCUCCAUGGCAAAUCAGUCGAAGCCUCCGGUGGGCUCAUGGCCAUGCGCAGCAAGGACAAAGCGGCGCAGAAGGCUGCAGUCGAGGAGUACUUCAAACACUGGGACAACAAAUCGGCAGCCACCGAGACGGAAGAAACUCGAAAGGCACGCAGAGAUGAAUAUGCCACCUUGACAAGACACUAUUACAACCUUGCCACUGAUCUGUACGAAUAUGGUUGGGGCACGUCAUUCCAUUUCUGUCGCUUUGCCGCAGGAGAGUCAUUCUACAAGGCCAUUGCCCGUCAUGAACAUUACCUCGCACUGAAAAUGAACAUGCAAGAGAACUGGCGUGUCCUGGAUGUCGGCUGCGGUGUUGGGGGACCGGCGCGAGAGAUGAUCAAGUUCACUGGGGCCAACGUUGUUGGAUUGAACAACAACGACUACCAGAUUGAACGGUCACUACGAUAUGCAAAGAAGGAGGGUAUCGCUGACAAAUUCACUGCUGUCAAAGGCGAUUUCAUGCAAAUGUCCUUUCCUGAGAACAGCUUUGAUGCUGUAUAUGCCAUUGAAGCCACAGUCCACGCCCCGAGCUUGCAAGGGGUGUACGAGCAGAUUUUCCGGGUGCUGAAGCCGGGUGGAGUCUUUGGAGUGUAUGAAUGGCUCAUGACCGACAACUACGACAACGACAAUCCUGAGCAUCGGGAGAUCCGACUGGGCAUCGAGCAGGGAGACGGCAUCUCCAACAUGGUCAAAGUCUCGGAAGGGUUGGCUGCUAUCAAGGCGGCUGGUUUCGAGCUGGAGCACCACGAAGACCUUGCGGAAAGACCUGAUGCGAUCCCGUGGUACUACCCUCUCGCGGGCGAGUUCAAAUACAUGGGCAGCAUGGGCGACAUCUUCACGAUCGGGCGCAUGACGUGGUGGGGACGAGGUUUGAUCCAUAAGUUCAUUGGUCUCGGCGAGACUCUGAGAGUUAUGCCUCAGGGCACUCAGAAGACGGCGGACAGCCUGGCACUAGCCGCCGACUGUUUGGUUGCAGGUGGGAAAAGGAAGCUGUUCACACCCAUGUACAUGAUGAUUGCACGGAAACCCAAAGCUUGA